UCUUGUUUGUCUUUCCACACCCAGCCAGCUUUAAUAUCUGAGAGUGUAUGGGCGAGACAAACGCCGGGGACAACAUAUGAAUAUCUUACAUUCGGAAGUUAAGAAAUAUACUGAACAUAUUACAGAAUAAUUGAUAUAUCAGGAAACAAUUUUUCUAACGUUAUUUAUUGCUGCCACAGGCGGGUGGGCAGAAGUGAGCUGCGGUGGGCUGAUCGCUGGAGCCGUGUCAGCAGCAGAGAAGUGUCAGGAAGCCGGAGACAGGAAUUACACCAGAAGAGGAAGGAGUCAGCCUGGAGGAAUGCAACAUAUUAUUUAGCUGAAAGUCACGGCAUGUCGUCGAGGUAGUGCCAGCCGUGUUCAAAUUUACAACCUAAGCAGAGAACUAAAGCUAGUCGAUAGCUGCCAGCCGGUUAGCCCCUGCUAGCAGCAGCAUCUAAUCUAGUUUAGCUGUUUCUCCAACAUGAGGCUGAAAGUAGGCUUUAUUCUGCGGAGUCUGCUUGUUGUUGGGACCUUCCUUGGUUUGGUGGUGCUCUGGUCUUCCAUGUCGCCGAAAAGCAACGAUGAAAACCCUUUUGGAAAACGGGAUGACAGUGUGCUGCCCAAGGGAGACCUAGCGGAUCAGUUUAAGCCUGUGGUGCCCUGGCCUCAUGUUGAAGGGAUGGAGGUCGACCUCAACUCCAUCAGACUCAAAAAUGAAGGGGCCAACCAUGUCCAGGAAGCUGAGCAGCAGCCCAACCAGAAGCAGGUGAUCCAGCAGCAGUAUGUGACAUUCAAACCCCACACACAAACCUACACCAUCCCUGUCCUGAAGAAAGGUAUCCUGGGAAACUUUGAGCCCAAAGAACCUGAGCCUCCGGGGGUCCCUGGCGGUCCUGGAGAGGGAGCCAAGCCUUUUGUCCUGGGUCCAGAGUACAAAGACGCCAUCCAGACUUCCAUCAAAGAGUUUGGCUUCAACAUGGUAGCUAGUGACAUGAUCUCACUGGACCGAACCAUCAGUGAUAUACGCCAUGAAGAGUGUAAGUACUGGCAUUAUGAUGACAGACUGAUGACCUCCAGUGUGGUGAUAGUCUUCCAUAAUGAAGGCUGGUCUACACUGAUGAGAACCAUCCACAGUGUCAUCAAGCGGACUCCCAGUAGAUACCUGGCUGAGAUAGUCAUGAUAGAUGACUUCAGCAACAAAGAGCAUCUGAAGGAGCGUUUGGUUGCUUACAUCAAGCAGUGGAACGGUCUUGUAAAACUCUUCAGGAAUGAGAAGAGAGAAGGACUGAUCCAGGCCAGGAGUAUAGGAGCACUGAAGGCCACUAAAGGACAGGUGCUGAUCUACCUGGAUGCUCAUUGUGAGGUUGGAGUCAACUGGUAUGCUCCACUGGUUGCUCCUAUUUCAAAAGACAGGACAGUAUGCACAGUACCACUGAUAGACUAUAUAGAUGGUAAUGAGUACACUAUGGAGCCACAGCAGGGUGGAGAUGAGGACGGCCUGGCUAGAGGAGCCUGGGAUUGGAGCCUGCUCUGGAAGAGAGUUCCUCUUAGCCAGAGAGAGAAGGACAAGAGAAAACACACCACGCAGCCCUACCGGUCUCCAGCCAUGGCGGGGGGGCUCUUUGCUAUAGAGAGAGACUUCUUCUUUGAGCUGGGUCUGUAUGACCCAGGGCUUCAGAUAUGGGGAGGAGAGAAUUUUGAAAUAUCAUACAAGAUCUGGCAGUGUGGUGGCAAGCUGCUGUUUGUACCCUGCUCUCGUGUCGGCCAUAUCUACAGACUUCCGGGUUGGCAAGGCAACCCUCCCCCUGCACAUGUCGGAUCCUCACCUACUCUGAAGAACUAUGUUCGUGUGGUGGAGGUGUGGUGGGAUGAAUAUAAGGACUACUUCUACGCCAGCCGUCCUGAAACCCUCACUCUAGCCUACGGAGACAUCAGUGAGCUGAAACGCUUCAGGGAGGAUCAUCGAUGCAAGAGCUUCAAGUGGUUCAUGGAGGAAAUAGCAUAUGACAUUCCAAUGCAUUACCCUCUGCCUCCUAAAAAUGUAGAAUGGGGAGAGAUUCGAGGCUAUGAGACGAGUUACUGUAUUGACAGUAUGGGACACACCAAUGGAGGCAAUGUGGAAAUAGGGCCAUGCCACAGAAUGGGUGGAAACCAGUUGUUCCGUGUCAACGAAGCCAACCAGCUGAUGCAGUAUGACCAAUGCCUAACGAGAGGAAGUGAUAAUUCAGCUGUCAUCAUCACACACUGUGAUCAGAAGCAGCACACUGAGUGGAAGUAUUUCAAGGAUCUCCAUCGGUUCACUCAUGUGCCAACAGGGAAAUGUCUGGACCGCUCCGACCUGCUCCACAAAGUCUUCAUAUCAGACUGUGACAACAGUAAAACCACUCAGAAAUGGGAGAUGAAUAACAUAGUGGCUGUCUGAACACUACUGGCACAAGGAGAACCACUGAGAAACACAUCCGUACUCAUCGUUUACAGAUAAAGCCAGCAGAUACUGUCCUUUGAAGAAAUCAUGUUUUUGAUUUGAGCCAGUCGGUGUCAGUGCUUCUCAAUGAAAGAUACUGAGUUUUGACUUUUAACAGCUUCAACCCAAAAUAGUUGGUUGGAACUGUUGCUCCAUAAGAUCAUGCAUUACACAGACACAGACAAUCCAGGUGGCAGAAGUACAACUGGAAACCUGCUCUGUCUCUCUGUCCUUCAUACUGUUGGUUUUUCACUCGUUCUUUCUGUUCUUUUGGUCUUUGGCUCUCAGGUCUUUUCUAAACCACUACAUUGAUUCAAGAAAUCAACAUCUACCCUGACUAUUGAACAGUCAUGCUCUUAUUAGACCUUCCAAUCAACUGUUAGCUCACCUACCAAAGAGUCUUUUUUAUUGGUGGAGGAUUCAUCAGUGUAGCAGGUGGUGCUGGGUGGUGUCAUGAAUGUUUACGUUUCGGCUUGUUUUGUGUAUUUAAACAAUCAACAUGUAAGGACGACCAUCUGUAACUAUUCUUCUGCUUGGCCCUGUUCAGCCAUCUCUUUCAAAAAAGCCCAUAGGCAAUUUCACCAUGUCAGUGAAAAUACAGCAACCUUCCUCCAGGACCAACACUGACAGAAGGUGGAGCUCCCAGAGAGGGAAGACACGUGCUGAACACGCUGACACUAACCUGUGUCAAUGUUAAAUUGUUUUUGCUUGUUCUUCACAUUUGCACUCCAGAGGGUUUUUUCAUCUCCAACUAAAGGGCCAUUCUAGCUUGCAACUAGUACAGUAAUCCAACAGGCUUCAUUUGAUUAAUGAAUAAGCAGGAUUCAAUUAAAAAGUUGAAUAUAAAGCAAACUAUACAGUGUUUGUUUCCCUAAAGCAUCUCAAGGUCCAUUGUUAGUGUGCCAUGCCUGAAACUUAAUUGUAUUGGUUGCCUAUAACUUAUUUUGGUUUCCAUUGGCUUGUAUUCAUUUCCAUCACCGUCCACUGACACUGCGAGGCUUAAGAGGAACCUAAGGAGAACACAUCUGAGAACAGUGAUCUGACCUGCCUUACUGACAGUCCUGAUGAGAAGAUCAGUUGCUGACCAGCUGUCUUUCACCUAGUAACUGUCUGUCUGAUAAUGAAAGGAACAAUUUGUGGUUUGGGUUGGAAAUGAUAGAAGUGAGAAAUUGACACAAUUACACUUAAUGGGGUGGGGGUUCAUUAUCUUAAUGAAGAUAAUGUGGGGGUUUUGGUUUGUUUGGCAAGGUAAAGAGGGUUUGGUGAAUGGCUGAUGAUGUAUGCAAUGUUUUGUACAAUGUAAAUAGAUUUCUUUGUAAAGGUCAAUCAUAAUUGCAUUUUGUGAAGGGCCUUGAAUGAUGAUGUAAAUAUCUAACUUAUAGCAGAAAUGUAAUAAUGUGGGCUGAAAAAUGGGUGAUUGAACAAAUAAAAGAUCAGAUUUUUACUACUGCCA